GCCUACAGGAUGUUGAAAAUAAGUUAUCGCUCUUUUUGACAUCCUAUUUGUUUACAUAAAUUCUCUCCGGGAUGAUCAGAUCAAAGCAAUUGUUAAAAGUAUGGAGGACAGUUCUUCUCCAGGGCAGGGCGGGAACAGCUUCCAUGGCUCAAGUCAGAACAAGCCUGCAUAAAGAGCUGGAUGGAAUUAAAGAGGCGGGGACAUGGAAAGGGGAGAGAAUCAUCACAUCCAAACAGGGACCAAGUAUUCACGUUCAGGGGAGCAAAACCGACAUUCUCAACUUCUGUGCCAACAAUUAUCUAGGACUCUCUAGUCACCCUGAAGUGAUAGAAGCGGGAAAGAAGGCCCUGGAUACUCACGGCGCAGGACUGAGUUCUGUCAGGUUCAUCUGUGGGACCAUGGAUAUACAUAAAGAACUGGAGGAGAAAAUUGCCAAGUUUCAUGGGAAGGAGGACUCCAUUUUGUACGCAAGCUGUUUUGAUGCUAACGCCGGUCUGUUUGAGGUGUUACUAGGAGCGGAGGAUGCGGUGAUAUCCGACGAACUGAACCACGCCUCCAUUAUUGACGGAAUUCGCCUCUGUAAAGCUAAGAGACUGCGGUAUCAACAUAGGAAUAUGGAAGAUCUUGAGAAACAGUUGAUUGCUGCUAAGGAUUGUGGGAAGAAGUUGAUAGCCACCGACGGAGUGUUCAGCAUGGACGGAUUUGUUGCUCCGUUGCCAGAUAUAUGCAAACUAGCAGACAAAUAUAAUGCCAUGGUCUUUAUUGAUGAAUGCCAUGGUACAGGGUUCUUUGGUCCAACUGGAAGGGGGACAGAUGAGCAUUUUGGAAUCAGUGACAAGAUUGACAUUGUUAACUCAACUCUGGGCAAGGCUUUGGGAGGGGCAGCAGGGGGUUACACAGCAGGCCCCAAGGAGCUGACCACAUUACUACGACAGAGGUCUAGACCCUACUUGUUCUCAAAUGCCCUGCCCCCACCAGUUGUUGCUUGUGCCAGUAAAGCUCUAGAUCUGAUCAUCUCCAACACUGACCUUCCACAGAAAGUGCUAAAUAACACCAGACGAUUCCGCUCACGAAUGGUGGAUGCUGGAUUUAAACUCUCUGGGGACCCUGAUCACCCUAUCUGUCCAGUCAUGCUGGGAGAUGCCAGACUUGCCAAUACAUUUGCUGAUGAAAUGCUCGAGAGGGGGAUCUAUGUGAUAGGAUUCAGCUACCCAGUAGUACCCAAGGGCAAGGCUCGUAUUCGAGUACAGCUUUCUGCCGCCCACUCCGAGUCCGAUGUUGACCGAGCUGUGGAUGCCUUUAUAGAAAUAGGUCGUAAACUCAAGGUCAUCAGUUGAAGGUCACAACAGCAUCACUAGCCAAAUAGUACCUGUAAUCUCCAAUUACUAGUACAUGUGUCUUAGUUUUGUGGUGUGGUGUAAUCAACUGUCAAGAAAAAAUUGGAUGAAAUAAGCAGUUGUUUUCAAGGGUAAUUUUUUUCCUAAUAUACAGAUCUUUUCAUUCGCUAUUUAUGAAAAUUUAUUUUUAAGUACUGUAUCAAGAAUCUCAGUUUACAUGCAAAGUUUUCUAUGUACACUUUUGCAUACACACAAUUUAAAUGUCCACUCAGUUUACUUUUGUUUUCUUAUUGAGUUCAUUGUCUAUAUUAAUUUGUGCUGUAAUAUUAAUGAUUUAGUUAUGUUUUCUACUCUUACAAUUGUUAUAUUGUUUUUCAAGAGAAAAUUUGUGGUACUCAUUUAUAUGAAUAUGUUUUUUAUAACAAUUCAGGAACAUUCCAUCUUAUAAUACCUAAAGAACAAUGAUUAUUGUUGUAUUUGUUUGAACUAACAUUCCAAUUUUUUUGGCGGGUUUUAUAACAAUAUACUUUGAAGAUGUCCAAUUUUACCAUAUCAUGCAUAUUAUUCUUGUAUGAAUAUUUCUGACAUUCCACGAAUCUCAAAUGUUUAUUUCUUUGGACUCUGGUCAACAUUAUGAAUCUCAUGUAAUUUUUUGGAACAGAUUAUUAGGUAUACACCAUAUAUAUUUUUUCCAGGUGUAAUAUUUGAUUUCUUUAUUAUAUAAUUAUUCUCACCAACUUUGUUUAUGAACAAAAUAUGAUCAAAUUGAACAAUUUUUGAAGCAGAUAUUAUGUAAUAGAUUACAAAUAUAAAUACCUACUACCAGGUAGUAUGCUUUUAUGUUCAAAAUUGAAGAAUUGUAUCUGGCUAGUCAAUUAAUAUGUACUAAGUUGUACUACCUAAUUUGAGUAAAUACCGGUACUAAUUAAAUGGAGGAACCAUUCUCACACAAGAUUUAUUUUUUUUAUUUGCAUGGUUUUAUUAUAUUUAUCUGUGAAUACCAUUGGUUUAAGGUUCUGAGAUUAACUGUGUGCAUUUUGUAGUUUACAAUUAAAUUUUGUAUAUCUUUCAUAAUUAUAUGUGACGGUCCAAAUUUAUAUGAUAAUUGUUGAUUAAAUCACUUUACAGUUAUGUGGUGAAGUGCUAGCUUAUAAUAAAAAUUUUCAGAAUCAAA